CCUUCACCAAUUUUUGUGUGGUAGGUUAAGUGUAGAAAUGGUUGAAGUGAAAGCUUCUGAUAGGGAUUUGUGUAACGGUCUCGAAAAUGUUCCGGUUUUCAUAGAGGGUAAUGUCAACAAAGACAAUUAUCCUGCAUUUCAGUACUCUUCAGAGAAUGUCCAAGGACCAGGAUGUGACAUAGACCCCAAUGAGGUGAUUCUUCCUGGAUGUUUGUGCCGUGUCCACUCCUGCCUGACAGAGAGCUGCUCUUGCGUGCAGACAUACAGACAAACAUAUGACAGCCAUGGCCGACUCCAGGACCACAGGAGCAUGGGAAAUAGCUACUGUAGGCCGUUGUUUGAGUGUAAUAUCUUGUGUGGCUGUAGUGAGGCCUGCUUUAACCGGGUGGUCCAGAGAGGCCUGGGCCUCAAGUUGUGUGUCUACCCCACCCAAUACAGAGGUUGGGGGGUGCGAGCCCUUGAGCCCAUCUCCUGCGGGACAUUUGUUUGCGAGUACGCCGGGGAGGUGAUUGGCUUUGAGGAGGCCAGGCACAGACAACUUGCUCAGGGACCUCAGGACAACAACUAUAUAAUCGCAGUGCGGGAGUACGCCGGGCAGCGCCUGGUCACUGAGACCUUUGUGGACCCAGCCGUGGUUGGCAACGUCGGGCGUUUUCUGAACCACUCAUGCCAGCCCAACUUGUUCAUGGUACCUGUCCGCGUGCACUCCCCAGUGCCUAGGCUGGCCCUGUUCGCGGCCAGGGACAUCGGUCCUCAGGAGGAGCUCACAUUUGACUAUUCGGGGGGAUUUACCAACACAUUGUCUGUGGAGAGGUUGGUCCAGGGUGACCCUGGGACAGAGGCCAGUGGGACAGAUAAACUCCAGAGGAAACCAUGUCACUGCGGUGCAGAGAAUUGUGUCCGGUUCCUUCCACUUGAUAUAUCUGUUCUAAACUAAGAUGUCUGUUUAAUGUCUAUACAUUUUUUUUGAAUUUUCAAUAAUUUUGUACUAGAAUGGAGUGAUGCAUUGCCCUAAAUGCUUUUUGGGGGUGAUUAAUCCAACUCUCAUUCAAUCUUGAACUUUUUAACAAAUUCAGUCUUCUGGAAAAUUGCAAUACACUAGUGUAUUUCUUUGACCAGGUGAGUUGAUUGAGAACACAAAUUACAGCAACAAGAUAUGAUUAGUUACAGGAGGAGAGGAGAUGAAUGAGCUGGGGAUGAUUAAAAAUGAUUAAAAAGAUGUCCCCACUGCCCUAGGGCAUAUGGAUUUGAAAAGGGUGCACCCUACUGGCUCUUCAACAACACUUCUUUCAACAUCUGUUCUCCCAUCCAGCGCCUGUCCUGUACUGACCCACUGGUCUGUGGUUGACUGGUUUAAGACUGAUGCACAUAUGUGACUGUAGAACGGGUUUGAAUCUGGGCUACUGCUUUCUACACAAACUGUCCUCUGUUUUUCACCACUGUACCUGUCCAAUUAAGCACACUGUUUGAUAUAUAAAAAUGUUCCAGGUAUUUUUAUAAGCUGAAUGUAUAGUAACUUAGGAUUUCAUAUUUACUGUUGGCCUGAGCGUCAACCCAUUUAAAUUCUAUUACUUUUUGUCAGCUUACAUGCCCACGGUACAAGAGAAUCUGCCCACAGGCAAUUCUCAAACCUUACAUCCCUAUCCAAGUUCUUCCUUCUGCCACCUCUGGUCUCUUGGUCAUCCCACCACUACAGGAGGGUAGCUCCUACUCAGCCUGUCUGAGGUGUUUUUUUUCCUGGCACCUCAGGGGUGAGACAUGCUUCCCCUUAAAGCUAAGUCAGCUGACUUCCUGCCCAAUUUCAGAAAGUCUGAGGCCCUACUAAUCUAAAAUAACUCAACAGCUUCAAUAGAGCCACUUUUAUUUUGAUAGCAUACUACAUUGACAAAGGGGUACUUAGUACUACUGUGUGGUGUGGUUCUAUUAAAAUGAAUUUAUGUUCCUGAAGAUGUACACUGACACAUUUUAGUAAAUUAUAAGGUACUCUUUUCAAGAGCAUUAUUAAUAUUGCAUGUUAAGCAUCACAGUAGUAUGGUUGUUGUGUCCAUCAGUCACUUGAAACUACGUCAGCUUGUCUCAGAUAAUUUGGCACACGCUAGCCCUUUGAUAACAUUGAUAGGAAUCAUUUCCUGUAACGAUCAGCCUAUCAGACAAUAAACCAUUUCCGAAUGGCAUUUCCUAAAAUAGUGCAAGUCAGCCAGCUCAGGGUUCUAUGUUGUAAACAUUCAAAUUCAAGGCUUACAUGUAUCCUGCUGGCUGAUAUUACCUAGAUAAAAUAAAGAAAAUACCAUUGGUUUGUGGAGAAAAAUGUUAUGCUCUUUAAUAAGACAGUCUGCUUUAUAACUGUAACCAUGUUUAACAAUUUGUGCCAUGUGUUCUAAUAUUUGUAGCUGUUAAAUUUGACUAAGUCACUGCUAACCUAAUGUUGUCUUUUUUCCGUACUGCUCUCCACCAUGACACAUGUUGCCUUGGCUGAUUAUGUUUUCCUUUGUGAAAUUUGUGUUUGUGCAUUGUGCUUCAUGGCUCUUGUAACGUUUGCUUUGCCUUGCCGGUUUCCUCUACCUGUAUAUUUUUGUAUUUUUUUUGUAUUUUCCUUUCGUACCCCCAUUAUUCCAUUGUGUCCCUUCCCUCAAGAUGUUUUCCUCUUGCCAGGCCGUGGUUGUAAAUAAGAAUUUGUUCCUAACUGUCUGGCCUGGUUAAAUAAAGGUAA